AUGCGGAUCGAGGAACUGAAGCAGGAAGGCCACUGGAGUUUCCGUCAGCCAAAACGGAUCAAAGGCCCUGUCGAGCGCAAGACGCAUUGGGACUAUUUGCUGGAAGAGAUGCGCUGGAUGCAAACGGACUAUCGAGAAGAACGCAAAUGGAAAUUGGCUGUCGCUUACGAGCUUGCGCACCAAAUUGCUCAAUGGCACCGAUCCACACCUGAAGAGCGUAUUGCCAUGUGUGCAUCACGGCGGAUGUACAAGGAUUUGCAGGAGCCUAUGGAUGUGGAUAAGAGCUGCUACCCGAGCAUUCACAAAGAGGCAUGCCCCGAUGUCGAUCGCCAAGCCUCCUCACACGGUGCGUAUGAGAAACGCGAGAGAGAAGAAUACGGUCCACAGUCGACUGGACAUGCAGUCGAAACCAAGAGCCAAAGACAUGCCGACGUGAAUGUCGAUGUUCGCGGGCCUGACGCUCAUGCCGAAGGACCAAAAAUGGCAACAAUGCGUGAACAACCGAGCCAGGGCGAGCCUCACGGCGCGUUGAGUGCGCAGGAAACUCCAGCUGUGCAUCAUGCCGGCGCUCCCCAACACAUCAACAAGCCGCCUAGUGCGAAAGGGAAGAACGCCGUUAGCGAUGCCGAUGCCGAUGCCGAUGCAGAAACAGAUGCUGACGGCGAGGCUGACGGCGAGGCUGACGGCAAGGCUCAUCGCGACAAAGACAUGCAUGCGCGUAGCAUGCCCAGCAUCACAUACCCAGAGAGUGAUAUGCCACCAACGAGCGAGACGCCUGCUCUUCGUUCACAGGCAGACAAAGAAGUGACACUCGUCGACAAGCUUCCGCUAGCGCUGGUGACAGCGAUCCGAGCGCCGAUCUUCAGUCUCGACCGAACGACCACAAGUGUGUCCCCAUGGUCGCUCCUAGAGACACUCGAUCCCCAGACCAGUGCUGCGCUCACUCAGAUGGAGCAAGCGCCGACAUUGCGUGCUGAGGAGCUGGACUUUGCCAAGCUGUUUCCCGAGUUGCCCCAGUAUUCACCGCCCCAUGCGUCGGAUGAUCCUGCGUCGCAGAAACGCCGAGACGACUCCCAUGCACCACCAUCGCGCCUUGUACAUGUGACGCGGCUCUUGGACUCUAGGCCUGUGCUUGUUAGCACACUAGAUCCAGCCAACUACCACGAACAUGGACUCUGGGUCAAUGCAAGUGAGUGGGCGGAGCGUCUGCCGUCUGUGCCAGAAGGACUUGGUCCUGGAGCAGUGCCGCCACAUUUCGGCAUACAAGCGCCAGGCUCUUUGCUCUUCGCUCGACGGUCAGGCAAAGUGUCUCGUGAACACACCAUGCUGGCUUUGCAUGCUGGCGGACCACCUGCGCCGCCCGCACGGCCUGAGACUCGGAUUGAGCAGCUUUCAUGGUCAGCGGACGACGAUGCAUUUGUCCAGGCACUUGCGAAGCAGUAUCGCGACCAUUGGGCACUCGUGGCAGACGUCUUUAAUUCCGCACGCCUCGUGCUGCCGACAGAGAAACGCACGGCGUGGGACUGCUAUGAACGGUGCAAGUGGCUGGCAGAUGAGCAACGCGCGCAGCGGCCACCGCCCAAAGACACGAAGAAGCAGCACCGACAGAACCUGCUGGAUACCAUGCGCAAGUGGGCCAAGCGACGUGAGCAGCUCCAGCGCCAGGCGGCUGCGACGGCGGCUGCCAAUGCACAGACGAAACGUGCGUCCUUGGCGGCUCAUGAUACGCAUACGCAAAUCAAGAUGUCUGCUACACCUACACCGCAGGCUCUCAGCAUGCUCAAGACGGAGCGAGACCAAGCAGCGAUUCGCCAGUUCUUUGAGCAGCAACGAGCGGCGCAAUUCGCCCUGGCUCAGCAGCAACAACAACAGCGUAUGCAAAUCGUUCAGGCCCAGGCGCAAGCUCAAGCUCAAGCUCAAGCCCAAGCCCAGGCUCACGUCCAGGCUCAUGCUCAAGUCCAAGCCCAAGCCCAGGUUCAGGCUCAGGCUCAGGCUCAGGUUCAGGCUCAUACCCAUACACAGACGUCGUCCAGCGAUGAUCAACAGCAGCGCCCGGCCACGUCAGUCUUGUCAUCAGCCACCUCGCCGACACCACCAGCUGCACGCUCGCCUGUUCCAGCGACGCCCAGCACGGCGCAUGCAUCAGUGCCUCGGCCUUCAGUCACACAGAUGCCGUCAACGCCCUCGCCUGUCCAGACGCAGCAAUACCUGGCGGCACUGACCGCGAAUCAAAAUGCCGCGAAACAGCAUCCUAUCAUGGUGGCUGGUCAAUCGAUGCCAUUCGCUCGGACGGGUCAGCCAGUUUUUGGCAUCGACACAUCCUCGGCCUUUGGUAAUAGCAGCAGCACAUCGAGCAUAAAGAACGCCACUUCCCAGGUCCAAGCGCCGUCAGCGGCACCUGGUACGAAUGCGCCUCGCCCACCGCAGCCCAUCGUGAUUGCAUCGUCAUCGCCAUCGUCUCAGACCGCUCGAUUGAAUCGCUCUUCUUCUGCCGCCAUCGAUGCACGUCCGCUAGGAUUCCCUGGCUCUGCAACACCCACUGGCACUGCUAGUACAUCGGCUCCUGGCUCGGUUCCUGGCUCAGUUCCUGCACAUGAUGCUUCCUCGGGUUCUGGCACUGGCGCUGCCUCCACACCUACCGGUAUCACUGGGGCUACUGGGACCGCGGGACAUGGAAUGCCUGCUACUCCUUUGACGCCGAAUAGGACAGCGAUCGCGAUGAAUGGCGCUCAUGUCCAAGGCCGGCCAACCACUUUCACAGCUUCGAUGCCUUCUAGAGCCACACCAUCUCCUGCUACUGGGAUGUCACCCGUAGGCCCAGCGCCUGCACCGGCGACAGCACCGCCCAACUUGCAUGCUCUCCAACAGCAAUUGGCCAUCACCCUCGCUGCAUCGCAUCUGAGUCAGGAGCAGAUCAAUGGACUUGCGAUCCAGCUUUACAAGCAAGCUCAGCAUCAACAGCAGCAGGCUCAGCAGCAGGCUCAGCAGCAGGCUCAGCAGCAGGCACAACAGCAAGCACAGCAGCAAGCACAGCAACAGGCUCAUCCGCAUCCUCAACAGACUCCACCGACGGCCCACCCCCACCCGUCGUACCAACCUCAAGUACUUGCCCAGCGACAGGGAGCCACGCAACAACAAGGCGCCCAACCACAACGCGCAGGAUACGAGGCACAGGGAGCAGGCUCAUUCGCUGGCACCAACACAUCACGUUAUGUGACAAUGCCACAAGCGACAGCAUCCAUGGGGAGCCUGAAUGUAACGCCUGCAUCACCUAUUGUGCCAAGCGGCCAAGGCGGCCAAGGCGCUCAAAGCAGUCAAAGCAGUCAAGGCGCUCAAGGCGGCCAUGGGGCCAACAGUCAUCAAGGAACACCGUCACCACAUCCCUAG